AUGGCUGCUGGAGCCGGGACGGCGGGCCCUGCUUCCGGAUCGGGCGUCGUGCGUGACCCGCUGGCGUCACAGCCGAGGAAGCGGCCCAGCGGCGAGGGCGCACGGCGAUCGGGCACGAUGGCGGGAGGAGGCGGGAGCAGCGACGGGAACGGGCGGUCGUCGGGCCGGCGAGCAUCCCGCAGCGGCGGGCGGGCCCGGCGAGGGCGCCACGAGUUGGGGUUGAGGGGCGCCGCGGAGCGGGGCGCGGGGGAGGCGAGGCUGGAGGCGGCGGUCAACCGCUGGGUGCUCAAGUUUUACUUCCACGAGGCGCUGCGGGCCUUUCGGGGGAGCCGGUACGGGGACUUCAGGCAGAUCCGGGACAUCAUGCAGGCUUUGCUUGUCAGGCCCUUGGGGAAGGAACACACCGUGUCCCGGCUGCUGCGGGUAAUGCAGUGUCUGUCGCGCAUUGAAGAGGGGGAAAAUUUAGACUGUUCCUUUGAUAUGGAGGCUGAACUUACACCAUUGGAGUCUGCUAUCAAUGUGCUGGAGAUGAUUAAAACGGAGUUUACUCUGACAGAGGCAGUGAUCGAGUCCAGUAGAAAACUAGUGAAGGAGGCUGCUGUCAUUAUUUGUAUAAAAAACAAGGAAUUUGAAAAGGCUUCAAAAAUUUUGAAAAAACAUAUGUCCAAGGACCCUACAACUCAGAAGCUGAAAAAUGAUCUCCUGAACAUUAUCCGUGAAAAGAAUGUGGCCCAUCCUGUAAUCCAGAACUUUUCCUAUGAGACCUUCCAGCAGAAGAUGCUGCGUUUCCUGGAGAGCCAGCUGGACCACUCUGAACCUUACCUCCUCACGAUGGCCAAAAAGGCUUUGAAAACUGAGUCAGCUCCCUCAAGCACAGUGAAGGAAGAUAAGCAGCCAGUACCAGAGUCUGUGGAAAAGCCGCUCAGAGAACCUGCACGGCCAUUACAGAAUACGCCAGUCACCUUCGGGUACAUGACUCUGAAAGCAGCUUUCAAAGCUCUGUCCAGUGCAAAGGAUUCUGAAGCAACCUUUUUAAAACUGGAUCAGAAGGAUCUGGUACUUCCUAACCAAGCAUCUCAGUCAUCCCCAGCCCUCAAAAACAAGAGACCAAGAAAAGAUGAAGAAAGUCCUGCCCCUGUUGAGGCUGAAGGUGCCUCUGAACUGCAUCCCAAGGCCAAGCGUGUAACAAUAAGCCAACUGGUUUUGGAGGAGGACAGCCAGAUUACUGAGCCUAGUGCCAGCCCUGACAAUUCCGAGGAGGUUGUUCCAGCACCACUAGCCAAACCCACCGCUCUCAACCAGCCUCUCCCCAAGGAGAAGAAUCCCAAACUUCCCAAAAGCAAAUGGAACAACUCAAAUGGGGUUGAAGAGAAAGAUACAUGGCUAGAAGAAGAUGAACUGUUUCCAGUUCAGGAAGCACCAGAUGAAGACUCUGUAACAGGAGCAAGAAAACAGAAAUGGACGGUGGAAGAAAGUGAGUGGAUCAAGGCUGGUGUGCAGAAAUAUGGAGAAGGAAACUGGGCCGUCAUUUCUAAAAAUUAUCCAUUUGUUAACCGAACAGCUGUGAUGAUUAAGGAUCGCUGGCGGACCAUGAAAAAGCUCGGCAUAAACUGAAACAGGCUUUCAUUUCCGCAGCAUUAACAAGAACAAACAUGAU